AUGGAGACAACCGACGUUCUCAUUGUCGGAGCAGGGCCCAGCGGCCUCGUCCUUGGAGCUCUGUUGGGUCGUAUGGGAAUCAAGGUUGUUGUUCUUGAAAAAGAUCAAGAAGUUUGCGAGGACCCUCGCGGAAUUGUCGUGAAUGGCGAUGCGGUUCGAAUUUCAUACCAGGUCGGGAUUGGGGAGGGAUUGACCAAAAGAAUUGGAAGUGAUAUCGGUGCGCUGAAUUUCCACGCUGGAAACUUCCGUGAACGUCCGUUCAUGGCUUUUGACUUGCGGCCUGACUGGGCGGAACAAUCUCUCUCACAGAAUAUUACCCAGUUUCAACCAAACUAUGAACGCGAAAUUCGAGCACUCCUCAAGACUAUUCCAGCUUGCGAUCUUCGUGUGGGCUGCGAGGUUCUCAGCCGCGUAGAGAACGAAGAUCAUACAAUCAUUGAAUAUCGCACUGCAGACGGCACACUUCAGUCUAUUCGAACUUCUUGGCUCGUAGGGGCCGAUGGAAAGCGUGGGAUUGUGAGAAAACGAUUUCUUGAGCCAGAAGGAGUCAAACAAGUGGAUGCCGUCUGGCCAUAUGUUGGGACCUGGAUCGCAGUCAACCUCGAGGUGGACCUGCCCACUCCCAAGACGCACCCUGACUUCCCUCUGUGGGAAUUAGGAUAUACACCAGAGCAAGUGCACAGCAAAUUCUGGCCUAAUGGAUUCCACUUCUGUAAUGACACAAAUCGACCAGCAGUCAGUGGAAGAUUUGGCCCUAAAGGUGCCCGGUUUUGGAGACACGAAUUCUCCAUCGGAAACGAGAAGGAGCCAGAAGAUUGCGAGCAAGACUUUUGGAACCAGUUCGGACCUUGGAUGGACCUCCCCGGUUCUCAGUUCUCGUCAAAAUUGAACGGAAUCACAGUCGCAUACCCAAGGAACUGCAUAAAAGUCAUCCGCUGCCGUCCAUUCAGAUUCGCGACAAAAGUUGUAAACCGAUGGUACUGCCGCCAAACCAUGCUGAUCGGUGACGCGGCGCACGUCUUCCCUCCAUUCGGUGGCCAGGGCAUUGCAACUGGCAUCCGAGAUGCUCAAGGCCUUGGCUGGCGACUAUGUAUGAUGAUCCGUCUCGGUGUAACGGGUGCGUCUCGCGAACGAGUUUUGCAAGGCUGGAGUCAGGAACGUCGCCAUGCUUGGGAAGCCGCUACAAUAUCUACCAAACUCAAUGGCUCUAUUGCAAAUAUGGGCUUCGGGUGGCGUGAAAGCAUCUACAGGCUUUGUAUGCGUCUGCUUUGGUGGCUACCAGGUGGCGCCAAAAUUCGCACCCGUCGAGCGUUCAAGGAUAAGUUGAUCUACAACUCUACCACAUGCCCUGAUGGUUUCUUUUUGCAGGCUGCAGGUGGUGGGCAGAAGAUUGCACAAGUUUGGAUGCAGCAAGGGAAAGAUCUGCCCCAAUUGUCUGAUGAAAUCCUACUGAACGACAGAUCUCACAUUGCUGUUCUGGUGUUGGCUAAGAAAGUAUCGGACUUUGAACCUGCCUCGGUGGAUGCCGCGGUUGAAGAGUUGAAGAUGCCAUGCGAUUUAUUGACUCCAGAAAACAUUACCUACGUUAACUUGACGGGAGGGGGCCUGGCGAGCAAAAAUGGAGUGACAGCAUGGAAAACUUGUUCAACGGACGUUUUGGAACAAGCCAAUAUUACCCCGGUCCUUGCCUACAACAAAGAUGCCCUUCAGAACCGGGUGCCAUCUUCGGCAAAGUACAUCAUCUUGCGUCCUGACUUCUUCAUUCACUCAGUUGCAUCCGAUCUGAGCGGACUCAAGGGCAACCUGCAACAUGUUAAAGACUAUUUCGGGGUCUAA